UUUGGGACGUCCAUACCCUAAACCCUAAACCCUACCUUAAUCUUAACCCCAUACCUUUACUUUAACCCUAACCUUAAGCAUAACCCUCAGUAACUCCUAUCCUUAACCAUUACCUUAACCAUUUUACAUGUAAACUUCAAUUGGUUAGGGACGUCCUAAAGAUCCCGGUUUGCACGGACCAAACAAAAUAGUAGCCAGAAAGCAUGUCAAUUGACAGAGUCACGUGAACAGAGAAAGAGAAAUCCAUAGAAGAAUAUGCUGAAACUCUAUGGGGGAACGCACGUUGGAUCAUGCACCCUAAAGUAUGGUCGCUCGAAUCAGAAUAUUCGACUGACGCAGAAGAAUAAACAAUAUCAAGACGAGCAGAGUUUAUAUCAACGAAGUUUGGAGCGGAAACUUGGCAGGGAAACAUGGACGAAGGAGGGGUGGGCAAAGGUGGCGAUAGAGGAGAGGAGCCAGGAUCCUUGCAGGGUGGGCAGCAACAGUCCAUGCACGGCGCAGGCCACUGCAAGUGGUUCAAUGUGCGGAUGGGCUUCGGGUUUAUAUCCAUGACUAGUCGUGGGGGAACUCCCGUAGAUCCUCCUAUGGAUGUAUUUGUUCACCAAAGCAAACUACACAUGGAGGGCUUUCGCAGACUGCAGGAGGGAGAGCCACUAGAGUUUACCUUCCAGUGGUCCCCCAGGGGCCUGGAGUCUGUACAAGUCACAGGCCCCGGGGGAGGCCCCUGCUCGGGCAGUGAGAGGAGACAGAAACCCAAACCCCCGGCCCCACCGCAGAGAUGGAAGCCAAAGGGAGACCGAUGUUAUAACUGUGGAGGACUAGACCACCAUGCCAAAGAGUGUGGCCUGCCGCCCCAGCCGAAGAAGUGCCACUACUGCCAGAGCGCGACGCACAUGGUGGCCCACUGUCCUCACCGCCCCCCCGGCCCCUUGUCUCCCGGCCCUGCCACAGCCACUCAGGGAAGACGCACUACUGUGGACCAGUACCCCUCUACCUUCACCACCACCUCCUACAGCCCCAGUCCCAGGCAGGGAAACAGGCACUCCCAGCCCUCUCAGGACAGUUCCUCCCCCCUCAGCAAGUCCUCCAGCAAGUCCUCCAGCUCUCCGGAAGACCCGGCACAGAUCCAGAGGAGAUCUGGAGGACACCACAGGUGGAAACAAUCCUGAUCCACAUCCACCAUGGACGGAUGCCACCUGUUAGUAUUACCUCUGGUCCAAUAAAACCACCUUCCUUCAGUCUGAUCAGUCUCCUCCUCACACAGACACAUCCUGAGCAACCUCAAGCAGAUCCACAUUUCUAACCAAAUGGACAGUAAAGUAUCUAUUUUACUUCCCCAAUCCCUCCCAGACUUUCCCUCUACCAAACGCUGUACAUCUUAGCUACCUCCUGGGCCCACUCAAUCCAUCUCCACAUAGAUAGACCUAUAAUCUUAGUUACCUCCUGGGCCAACUCAAUUCAUCUCCACAUAGAUAGACCUAUAAUCUUAGGUACCUCCUGGGCCAACUCAAUUCAUCUCCACAUAGACAGACCUAUACUCUUAGUUACCUCCUGGGCCAACUCAAUCCAUCUCCACAUAGAUAGACCUAUACUCUUAGCUACCUCCUGGGCCAACUCAAUCCAUCUCCACAUAGAUAGACCUAUACUCUUAGCUACCUCCUGGGCCAACUCAAUCCAUCUCCACAUAGAUAGACCUAUAAUCUUAGUUACCUCCUGGGCCAACUCAAUCCAUCUCCACAUAGAUAGACCUAUACUCUUAGUUACCUCCUGGGCCAACUCAAUCCAUCUCCACAUAGAUAGAGCUAUACUCUUAGCUACCUCUUGGGACAGAUUCAGCCUCAUCUACCUCAGAUUGGUAGCACAGGAAUGGUCAGUCACCCUUGUUUCCAUCGCUCAGUCAGGUUCAUUGACAUCCGCUCUACUAUCAAUUGCAAUAAGAAGACAACUGGGAAUGGGACUGACACACAAACAGCCAAAGCAAUCUUGUUCUUUCUUUUUUGAUUGUUUACCUGGUCUGAACCAUAUUGUCCCAAAGCUCAGUCUGUUCAAAUUCACCAUUCACCUGGAUUCACCAUUCACCUGGAUUCAUCAUUCACCUGGAUUCACCAUUCACCUGGAUUCAUCAUUCACCUGGAUUCACCAUUCACCUGGAUUCACCAUUCACCUGGAUUCAUCAUUCACCUGGAUUCACCAUUCACCUGGAUUCACCAUUCACCUGGAUUCAUCAUUCACCUGGAUUCACCAUUCACCUGGAUUCACCAUUCACCUGGAUUCACCAUUCACCUGGAUUCACCAUUCACCUGGAUUCAUCAUCCACCUGGAUUCACCAUUCACCUGGAUUCACCAUUCACCUGGAUUCACCAUUCACCUGGAUUCAUCAUUCACCUGGAUUCAUCAUUCACCUGGAUUCAUCAUUCACCUGGAUUCAUCAUUCACCUGGAUUCACCAUUCACCUGGAUUCAUCAUUCACCUGGAUUCACCAUUCACCUUGAUUCAUCAUUCACCUGGAUUCAUCAUUCACCUGGAUUCAUCAUUCACCUGGAUUCAUCAUUCACCUGGAUUCACCAUUCACCUGGAUUCACCAUUCACCUGUUCCAACGGGAAGUAUUUCUUAGAUUUUCUUUCUCUAUUUUGGAGAACUACGGAAGGGCAGUUCGAAGCCUUGGUUUUCUCUGUGCGUUUUUCAUCAGACAGUAGUCAAAGACACCCAAACCCAAUCAUACCUCUUAGGCCCGGUUUGCCGAACAAAGAUUAAACCUAGUCUUAGACUGAAACGCCCUUUCAAUGGAGAAUCUUGAUCGUCAUUGAACGUGCUUUUUAGUCCAGGACUAGACUAGAUCUGUGCCUGGGAAACUGUUUCUAACUAAACCAAUGCUAACAUGAUCAUUUGUCUGUUCAGGGCAGUGAAGAAGUAGUAUACCUGCCUCCUCAUGGUCUCAUUCAUCCUCAUCAAUAAGAAUACUCAAUGUAAAUAUUAAGAUGUAUGUUGAAUGCAUUUAUAAGGAGACAUGGUUUAUGUUUCUUCUAACUUUACUCACACCAUAUCAUGACCAUACAGUACUCUCUCUCCCACAGGGUACAGCUGCACUGACUGACUUGUGAAAUGGGAUUCUCAGUGUGUCAGCGGAGCAGUCACUUCUUAAUGUGUGUUGACAAAUCAAACUUAAUCUAAUCGAAUGACCUUAAUAGGAAGUGUAAGAUGACAAAUAAUCAAUGGGGUGAAAUGUUUGCCUUCAAUCCUUUGACUGCGUGACUGAAGGACACGAUACUGCAUGAAGCAACGCCCAGAUAUGUUCUGUAAUGCAGCUAUGAAUUGAACGUCUAGGCUCUACUAUGUUUACUGACAGUGAAUACGUGUUAUAAUCAUCGAUCAUAUAUAUAAUCAAACAUUAGCACAAACCAAACUAGAUCCCUGGAGGACUCAAGUGUUAUAUUUUCUCGCAGGAGGAAGAAUGUUCUCAGGGAACUUACCAAAAAGUUUACUUUUCAUUUUGAGUUGAAUCAUCGUCAUAGAACUAAAUGUGUUUUUGUUUUAAGCAAACCAUGUGAUAUUGAUAUAGUGUUCAACUCUAUAGACUUAUGUACUGAUAUUAGUAACUACCUCUGAGUUCUAGGUAUACAUACUGUUAUUAUGUCCAUGUGACAUUGUAAACAGACAUGUCCACAUCUGUGUGAACCUGUGUGUUAUUGUAAGUGCAUACCACCAUCUAGUGGUCAGUUCUGGUCAUUUAUAUUCUGUUUACAUUAUGGUUUCUGUUUUUUUUUAGCAUUCCUUGGUCACAUCACUAAGACAAAGGACCAAACUGUGAAAUCCUACACACAGGCCUAUUUCACUGAGUGUACAAAACAUUUAGAACACUCUCCUAAUAUUGAGUUGCACCUCCCUUUUGUCCUCAGAACAGCCUCAAUUCGUCAGGGCAUGGACUCUACAAGGUGUCGAAAGCGUUCCACAGGGAUGCUGGCCCAUGUUGACGCCAAUGUUUCCCACUGUUGGUGUCAAGUGGCUGGAUGUCCUUUGGGUGGUGAACCAUUCUUGAUAGACACGGGAAACUGUUGAGCGUGGAAAACCCAGCAGUGUUGCAGUUCUUGACACAGGUGCGUCUGGCACCUACUACCAUACCCCAUUUCAAAGGCACUUCAAUAUUUUGUCUUGUCCAUUCACCCUCUGAAUGGCACACAUACACAAUCCAUGUCUCAAUUGACUCAAGGCUUAAAAAUCCUUAUUUAACCCGUCUCCUCCCCUUCAUCUAGAAUGAAUGAAGUGGAUUUAACAGGUGACAUCAAUAAGGGAUCAUAGCUUUCAUCUUGAUUCACCUGGUCAGUCUAUGUCAUGGAAAGAGCAGGAGUUCCUAAUGUUUUGCACACUCAAGUGUAGUUGUAAUUUCAUCACUAUCCUAAGUUGUGAAUUUCUCCUUAGAUUCAAAUAAUGAUGAUUAUGUAAGAAAUGUUCAUAAUGUUUUUUACUGUCAUCAAAUCACUGCUGGACAUAUGGAACUGGGGUUUCUGUCAAACUCAUCUGACAAUUUUUGUAAUGAUUUAGUCAUAUUUGUUGUUUAUAUGGCAACUUUAACACCUCAGUGAAUUAUGUGUUGUAACCUCUCUGAUCCUCGGAGUUUGAUGUAACUACUGAUAUUGUUUUAACCUUGUAUGGAUCAUAUCUUCUAAUCAUGUGUAUUAAUGAUCAAUUCAUAACAGGAAAGCAACAGUGAAUCACUACCUCAUGGUUAUGUAACAGGGUAGGAGUCCAUUUCAAUUCAGUCAAGUCUAUUUGGAGAGCAAUUAGAAAAAAUGGAAUUGAAAUUUCAGUUGACGUACUGAACUGACUGAAUGGAAAUGGAAUUGACUCCAACUAUUCUGCAACAUUUCUGUAACAGUUGAGGCAGCCCUGUGGAUACAGACUGAACCAAAGCACUUAUUGUGGAGAUAUAUGUCCCAAAGACAAUGCAGAAAGCACUGUUGUGUAGCCCACAUCCAGUACAUAUUGUGAUGUGAUGGACUCCCGUUUUUGUUAAAAAAAUAAAAACCUUGUGUAUGUAUGUUUUUUCAGUGCUGUGGUUGUAUUAUACAAUCAAGUGUUCCUCCAAAGCAGAAGAUUGUCUUAACGUCUCAAAAGAGCACUGAUAUCUGUUUUAUUGUUUUCCUGUUGGCCUGAAUGGAUGAAUUAUAUUCAAAUCAUUCAUUGUAUUCAAAGCCAUUUUUUUUGUUACAUCAAUCAUGGUUUGUCUGAGAUAUUCAAAAGGUUUAUUUGACUGAAAUAAUAAAGCCUGUUGCUAACCUCUUCUUUUGGUCUGGUUGAUCUUUCAGGGAUGUGAUGGUUUUAUCCAUGUGUCAAACUCAUUCCACAGAGGGCCGAGUUUCUGUUUGGCUCCUCGUACUUGAUUGAUGAAUUAAGGUCACUAAUUAGUAAAGAACUCCCCUCACUUGGUUGUCUGGGUCUUAAUUGGAAGGAAAACCAAAACAUGCCUUCCAUGGGAAUGAGUUUGAACAUUGACCUGGUUUAAACAGUGACAGGAGUUCAGACUGAGAAAAUAAUACGGUAGUACUCAUGAUAGCUCCUAGAGGGCGCUAUAGGAUAAAAAGCAGAGGUCUACGAGCUAUCCAUCAUUUCUGUUGAUUUCUUUUUCAAGUGUUCCCUCUAAGUAAUUAAUAUAAGGUAACUAUCAUGGCAUAAAAAAGUGAUCCCAAACUUGUACA